AUGGAACAUUGUUCCCAUCCUGCCCCUCACCCUGGGAGUGGUAUUAGGCCUGUGGAAUCGAUACAGGCUGUACAUGACGACGCUUCUGCUCCUGCUACCACCUCGCGCGGUACGGGCCAGUUCGUCACAGGCGGUCUCUUGUCUACGGAGCCAGAUGAGGUUAACAACAACGACCAGGACGGCCACAAGGAUGGCCCCGCUAGUCCCGUGAGCUCCGAGUCGUCGGGAGAGGACUACCAAGAGAGCCAAAGCAUCACCGGUAGUGUCGGAGCAUCCUGUGUCCAGCGCCAGCCAGGACUUGUCGAGACAGCUCCCAGCGGAGAUGUGGCAUUCUACCUCAACCCUAACAGCUCGUCUCUGCCUGUCCGAGAAUCGACAGUGGCCGCGGCAGCAACAGGAAUCUUUUCAAAGUCUCCCAGGUACACACCUGAUAUGAUAUGGCAGGCUUCUAGGCGACUCUUUUGGCCGCGUAUGCCAGCUCCCAUGAGAGGCAGGUCCGAGCUGGACAUGUGGCGGAUGGUGUGUGGUACUGUAUGCCAAUUCUGCAGCCUACGCGAUGAAAAUACCAAACUCCGAUCGAUCAAAGAUCCUUGGCACCGCGGCCCUGGUGCACGGGGUGUGUCUACCAUCUUCACAUUUGGCAUUGUCUCGUGUGGCCUGUGCCUCAUGAAGAAGGGACUCAAGGCCAUCCAGGGCGACCGUGAGCCAACGAGACGACAGCUCAUGAAGCUGUACUGGCACGAUCAAGUCAAGGCCAUCAAUGCUGAUUUUGACUCGGCCCAGAGCCUUGGCCCCGCUGUUGCCGAGGAGUGGCUCAAGGGUGUUGCGAUUCUUGGUGAAAGGGCGCGUGCAGACGCCUCCCGUUGGGAGAGAUGGGAAGCCUCUGGCGAACUGCGCAGGACACUGCUUCAUUUCGACGUUGAUAAAGCUAGCCCUGCAAAGGACGUUGAACAUGGUCAGAAACCAGCGGGACAGUCAACCCCGAAACCCAGGGGAAGCAGUGCUCUAGGCCCGGGGAACACUGCUUCCAAGAAAAAUAAUUCUGACGAGGAAUGGGACGGUGCCCAGGGACCCCUGAGGGCCCGGAUAUCAGCCUAUGCUGACGAAGUCAUCAAGCAUGGAUGGAACGAAGGCCAGCGGGUAACCAAGAGCCUAUCUCCGCUGUUCUCGUCCAGUGUCCUUCUUCACGUUCGACAGCAGUUCUACGCUGACGUGGAGAGGGAAAGGCAGGAGGCCAUCGCAGCCGGACGACAGCCUGCCGUCGAUCGUCUGGGGAAACCAUGGACUCAGAAGCUUACGCUCGAGAACAUGAAGUGGAUAUAUGAUGUCAAGAUCAAGCCCCACGUCGUAAGGCAUGGCCCCGCCAUGUUUCUCUGCAACGGCUGCAGCCCCCCUACUCCAAAGUACUACGGUUUCCAGGCCAUCAUUCAGCAUUAUGCAGCAAAGCACACCAACGCCCUUAGUCUUGGACAUAUCGUUGUUAACUGGAGAGCGGAAUGGCCCCUAGUACCCCCCUUCAAACCUAUUUCUGAGGAAGCUACCUGUGCACCUGGUACUACGGCUGCUGGCGCCGACCGACGAUGGCCAUAUACGCGAUCAACGCAUCCGCAGACAUACUAUCCCACUUAUACCGGCGAUGGAGGAAGCGGGUACCACCAAGCUUCAGUGCCGGCAUCCGGGAAUAGAAAUACCAACCAGCUUUCUCCGCAUAGUAUGGCAGUCCAAGUCCAACGCGAACCUGUAGGUCCGAGUGCGUGGGGCCCAGCUCCGAUGCCAGAGAGCGCUUAUAACGCCCGGCUCAAAUUCAUGGCUAGAAUAGCCGGCCAGACGUGGAAUGUCAUCUCUCGCGUAGAGGGGAUCGACAAGGCCGUCACGCUGUGCGUCACAGUCCACCACAUAGCCAAGGGAUUUCAGAUUGAAUACUCGGAGUCGGCGCCGCUACAGAUGUUUAUCCACGGGCUACUGAGCUGUGCGGAGAUGAAGCCCAUCGGGAGCAGCAUCCAAGGCCUAGCAUGCAAGCCCUGCGCCGAGGACGUGCUCGUCAAUCUGCAGCCAAGGCCGUGCUCGGCCAUACAACUUGCCAUUCACUUCCGUGACGCGCACGUCGAAAACACGAAUGCUCCGCCGCUCGACUGGCGCACCCAGAUGAUAUUGCUACCGGAGAUGCACGUACUGGCCACGCUGCCGCGUCUGCUCGCCUACGACAGGGUAGCCUACAAUACCGUUGCUGAUGCCCUGCCCUGGGCAUUUGACGACAACAUCCACGGCAGCAUGUACCUCGAUCGUCAGCCGUACCUAGGGGGUGUAGGACACCACCAAGACUACCAACUCAGCGGGGUACGUGACCUGGAGAGAAGAGGCGGUGGCAUGUAUUAUAUCCAGCGUUCUGUGCACCAGGGAGGUGUGCUGCAGGGUCUGGAGGAGUAUAAUCCUGCCCGUGCGAGGGUAGAUUAG